CAGUGAGGCAGCGCCAUAGUCACCGUAGUCCUGGCGACUGUAACCCACCAACAACAACCUCUCGCUCCAUCAUUACCACCUCCUCCACCAUCCUCAUCUUCAUCAACCAGUCCACAGCUCAGGCGCCAUGCAGACCCCUGAAGCAGGCGCUGACUCCACCUCCACUGUCCCUCUUCAGACCACCGUGCCUGUCCAGCCUACCGGCUCCACCCAGCAGGUGCCUGUCCAGCAACAGGCCCAGACUGUUCAACAGGUUCAGCAUGUUUACCCAGCACAGGUGCAGUAUGUGGAGGAAAACAGUGGCGUCUACACCAAUGGCAACAUAAGAACCUACUCGUACUCAGAGCCUCAGCUGUAUAGCCAGAACAGUGGAGGGAGCUACUUUGACACACAGGGCAGCUCAACACAAGUGUCCACUGUGGUGACAUCUCAUGGCAUGACCAACAAUGGAGGAGGGGGCAGUGGAGGAAUGAGCAUGGGUCUGGCGGGGGGUCAGGUAAUCAGCAGCAGUUCUGGGGCUUACCUCAUGGACAACGCUGGACCCCACCCUGCCACGCAGACAGCACGAGCUUCCCCAGCUACUAUUGAAAUGGCGAUUGAGACGCUCCAAAAAUCUGAGGGUUUAUCCAGUCAGAGAAGCUCGCUGCUCAACAGCCAUCUUCAGUGGCUGUUGGACAAUUACGAGACAGCAGAGGGCGUAAGUCUACCACGAUCCACCCUCUACAAUCAUUAUCUGCGCCACUGCCAGGAGCAGAAACUGGACCCUGUAAAUGCAGCCUCUUUUGGCAAACUCAUCCGCUCCAUCUUCAUGGGACUCCGUACAAGGCGCCUUGGGACAAGAGGGAAUUCCAAAUAUCAUUACUAUGGUAUACGUGUAAAACCAGAUUCCCCACUCAAUAGACUCCAAGAAGACAUGCAGUAUAUGGCUCUCAGACAGCAACCUGUUCAGCAGAAACAGAGGUUCAAGCCGGUGCAGAAGUUUGAUGGCGGCUCUGGGGAGAAUUACUCAGGUGGAGGCCAGCACCACCCUGGUGCAGCAGAGCAGACAGUCAUUGCGCAGAGCCAACACCACCAGCAGUUCCUGGAUGCAUCGCGGGCACUCCCUGACUUUGUGGAGCUGGACCUGGGACCGAGCAAUACAGAGAACAUCAGUCCGGAUGAUGUGAAAGCUCUUCAGUCCCUUUACAGAGAGCACUGUGAGGCUAUCUUGGAUGUAGUUGUCAACCUCCAGUUCAGUCUCAUUGAGAAGCUGUGGCAGACGUUCUGGCGUUACUCUCCUCCUGACUCAGUAGAGGGUGCCACUGUAACAGAAAACAGCAGCAUUACUGAGAUCGAAGCACGGCUCCCCCGAUCGCAGCUACUGGUGCUGUGCAGAAACGAGGCUGUUCUCAAAUGGAUGAGCACCUGUGACCACCUAAUGUACCAGGCCCUUGUGGAGAUCCUCAUUCCUGAUGUCCUGAGACCCAUUCCCAGUGCCUUGACUCAAGCCAUUCGCAACUUUGCCAAAAGCCUGGAAGGUUGGCUCAAUAAUGCCAUGAAUGCCAUUCCACAGAGAAUGAUCCAGACCAAGAUUGCCGCUGUUAGUGCCUUUGCGCAAACACUGCGCAGAUACACAUCUCUGAACCACCUGGCUCAGGCAGCGCGUGCUGUGUUGCAAAACACUUCACAGAUCAACCAGAUGCUGAGUGAUCUCAACCGUGUUGACUUUGCCAAUGUACAGGAGCAGGCAUCGUGGGUAUGCCAGUGUGAGGAGGGAGUGGUUCAGCACUUGGAGCAGGACUUCAAGGCCACACUACAGCAGCAAAGCUCUUUGGAGCAAUGGGCAGCCUGGCUGGACAAUGUGGUGACUCAGGUGCUCAAACCCUACGAGCACCGGCCCAGCUUCCCCAGGGCGGCUCGGCAGUUCCUGCUCAAAUGGUCCUUCUACAGUUCGAUGGUGAUCAGGGACCUGACCCUGCGCAGUGCUGCCAGCUUUGGUUCCUUCCACCUGAUUCGCCUCCUGUAUGAUGAGUACAUGUUUUACCUAGUGGAGCAUCGUGUAGCCCAAGCUACUGGAGAAACACCCAUCGGUGUCAUGGGGGAGUUCGACAGCCUCAACACACUAUCCCUCACUAACAUUGAUAAAGAUGAGACGAGUGGGAUGGACAGUGACUUAGAAGAGGACGCGGAGGAGUCCGGGGAACCUCUUGCCAAGCGGGAGAAAUCGGAGCAUGAGGUGAUCCAGGUGAUCCAGGUGGGGGCACUAGAGGACGGGUCCCACCCUGUGGUGGGUGUCGUCCAGCCAGGUGUCCUCCACUCGCUGCCCCAGCCCCCGCAGGAUCACACUGAGCACAUCCUCACCCCCUCAGCCGGUACUCCCACCAUCCGCCACUGCAGCACCACAGGCAACACCUAUGCCUCCGUUUGAGGGUCCGAGGGCACGGCCACUAACGUCUGGCCUAUUUUUGCUGUUUCACUCUCCACAUAUCUUUCUCUCUGUAAGUCUAGAUGUUUCCGUCUUUUUCAUGCAUUGUCUCUGUCUGCACUCGUGUGGACAUGCUCUCCUCUCCCUCUCCAGCCUGGUCAGUAGAAGAGUGCUGAAAUGCUGAUACUCUGGCCAAGAUGUGCUGUCCGUGUCUUACUGCUUAGAUUCUGGAUGUGGUGUCAUCCCAUAAGUCCGUGCUGUAUCACAAUGCGGCAGCUGGUGGAAGGGACCUGGAGGAAAAGGACUAAUUAGACCUGUUAAACAUUUCCUGGUUAGUCUUGUCUUAACAACAAACCUGUUUGUGUAUACAGACAAGUUUUACCUUGAAGGAACAUUACACUCCUUCAUACUACUGAUGUCUCAGAGCUCAAAUCCACGUCACUAGUCCCAGUGGAGCAAAGUCAUCAAUUGACUCAAGACCUUCGCCUAUUGUACAUAGUUUUGCUGUACUUUCAAUUGGUAUUACCCAAAACUCAUGGUGCUAUCAUUGUGCUUUGUUUUAGUUUCUAGUUAUCCCUUCUAGUUUUAGUAUGAUUUGUCAACAUGCAUUCCAAUUGCUGAUUAACUUUUGGCUGAACGAAAUAUUUUUGAGUAUUGUAUGUAGCUAAAAAAAUGACUUUCUAUGUAUGUAUGACAUUUAAAAAAGGAUCAUGGGGCAGUUUUGUUUGUUUGGUUUGAAAAUUAUUUCAUAGCCACCCGCCGAUAACCACUUAUAGCUUUUAGCCACAGAAAAAGUAACCCCUAAAGAAAUAUCUGUGCUGCUACUCGUGUAUAUAGAGAUUGAGAAGACCGGCUGCACAAAACCACUUCCUCAAUGCUAGCUUUUCUAUGCACUCUGUGCAUAAUGCUUGCCUUUGUUAAUUUUAGAUGCUCUAUAGUGUGAUUCACGUGACGAGCUGUAAUCUUGUAAAACAACUUCCUGGACACAUUCCCCUGGUUUUGCAGUUUCUGUCUUAAAGAAAUUUCUUAAGUUCAUGAAGGACCAAAAACAAACCGAGAGGAAGCUGAGAGUGAGCCAUUUGGGCCACCCGAGAGCUGUUUCCUGUCCCACAGUGCCAUGUUGCAGAGCAGAAGGAAUGUCAGGGAUUAAAUGUACCUCGGCUUUAUCAUAGUGCCUUAUCCUUAAAUGCAGCUGUCCUUGUAGUCCUGACUGUGUGGUGUAGAGAGCCCACAGCCCCUCUGCAUUGUCCCAGCCACAGAUUUGGCUUUCUGGUGACUUGUGGCUGGAUUUGGGCUGGCUCAUCAGUGUUGAGACCAAGGAAUGCAGGCACAGAAACACCUGUUGUUUUCUCUGGAUCAGCUCUACUAAGCUUAUUAUCUGAAUCAUGGUCUUUAGCCUUGCUCCUGCCCUAACUCUGCCCUCUUGAGGCCUAUUCUUGCAUUAGCCUUUGUUAUUGGGUGAAGUAUGUGUGCGCGCGCGUGGGAACAUGGUUGCGUAGGUCUGCGCUGUGUUUGUAUAUAUGCCUGUGUGUCUGCGUGCUUGUGUGUAUGUGUUGGAACACAUCCAUCAGUCACCCUACCUCAAACCAGUGGUGCCAGCCCUUUGACGCGUGCAGAACAGUCACCAAACACUUAUUGCACACACACCACUGUACUGCACAAAUCUCAACGCGAUGGAGAAAAUCUGCAUUGCUUUUCUCUCACCUCUGAUACAUUGUGAUUUCAGUUUUUAGCCCAUAAGAUGCUUCAUCCUUUGUUCCCUGUUUAAAGAUCAUCUUUGUACAGUGGACCAAAAGUAGAUAUUUUCUGAUAUUCAAAGAGAUAUAUAGAUAUAUAUGUAUAGUAUAUAUAAUGAUGAUACACUACAUAUAUUUGUUGCUUUUUAUGUGGUUGAUCUGAUUGUUUAUAUGUGAUUGUUUCUUUUGGUAGCUCCUCUGUAAUUUAGUUUAUAGACUGUGAAAUGGGAAAGGCAUGGGGACUAACUUCUGGUUCAUUAGACUACAUCUAUACUUGAACUGUUAUAGCCUUCUAUGUUGUGGAGAAUAUUGAGAUUAAUCCUCUAAAUAGGAACAUUUUGCUACUAAAAUAAUUUUUGUUCUUGUUUUUCAUACCCGUUGAAAUGGUCAGCACCAUUUCUCUGCAGAAAUGUUUAUUUAUUGAUAUUUAUUGUGUUUUUGUUUUGGGGAACUGAUAAUGAAUCAUGAAUUAUACCACUGCAAAGAGCAGAUCUACUGUACAGAAGGACUGGAAAGAUUUUUUGUUGUUUUUUUGUUUUUCUUUUUAAGUCGUGUGUAGGUUGGUUUAAAGAUUUUUAAAGAAGGGUUGGCACUGUAUUUGCUGUAAUCAGUCCUUUAGGUUCUAUCACUAGUCCAAAAAUUCCUUUAGAUACUAGCAGUACACAGGUUUUUGUCUCAAUCUAGGUUGUGUGCCUGUGUAGAAAACAUGUUUAGCAGUAAAGGAGGAUGGUAAAGUGCAAAUACUGUGUGUCAUUUAGGAUAUGGGGUCAGUGGACUCUUACAGUUUCGUUAAAUUACAUCGAUGUUACUUUGGGGAAAUUCUGGCACCCCCAAAAACACAUUCCUUAAUUUAUUAAACCUACGGUGCACAUCUCAUACUGUAGCCUUACCCCAGUUCUACUGGCUUGAAAUGUCUGGAGUACUAGAUCUAGGAACUGAGCGCACCCAAGUCUGUCUUUCUCAUUAUAUUCCUUAAGGACAAUUUGAAAAAUCUGCUACAGAAGGUCAGUGAACUUUUAAGUAUCUGGAAGUCGAAGGCCUGGGGUGUUUUGUUUACAUCAGUCUGUGACCAUAAUCAACUUGCACGAGCGAUUGCUCCCUGACUCUCCGUAUUCAACUGUCAAAUGCAAGUUUGGAGAACGCAUAGACAGUAAUGAAAAUGUCAAAUUAAAAGAUGAAUGGAUGGAAAAACUUAAGCUCCAGAUCAUCUCUUAUACUUUCUCCAGAGCCUCACAUAAAUCUGUGUUCACAUUAUAACUGCGACAAAUUAACUGACCCAAUCCCAAGAGCUCACUUCACUGACUCCAACACUCUCUGAAUUUUUGAGGUUGCAGUUGUAAAAAAAAAAAGAAAAAAAAGAAAAAAAAAGUGAUGGUGUUCUGUCUGUGACUUAAAAUUUUAAAAUAUGUCGUAAAUCUGGGUAGUGUGUACUGGUUAGGAAUGAAGGUUCUGCAGGAGAUAUUAUCUUGUCUCUCAGUGAAUGAUUUUUUUUUUUACAUGAAUCUCAGCUCCCUUAUCAUAUGAAUUAACUACAACACUGUACAUGGUAACGUAUUAUUUUGUGCCUGAAGUGGAAAUGGCUUAAACAUGUUUUCUUUAAAUCUUAACUGUGUGCUUUAGGAUCAUAAGUGCUGUCUGGUCUUGCACGCCUACCAUGUGCUGCUAGAAAACUGUUUUUGUUAGUUUCAUGUUUUUUUUUUCUCCUCCAUUUUGGUUUUUACGUAGACUGAUGUGCCACACAGUGAUUUUAGCUUUCUGCAUCUCAAAGCCUGCCUGGUUAACACUGGACUGAUGUUAAUGCUGCCAACACAAUUGUACUUUAUUUCUCUGUGUCUUUUGAAAUUGAGAAGUAGGAUUGUUUUGUUUUUUUUCCUUUCUUUUUUGUAACAGCUAAUUGCAAAUGAGCCUGUUUCCAACCAGAAAAAAAAAAGACAUAAGCUAUUCCUUAACUUGUCAUAGGAGUGAACACUAAGAAAUGCCUCUUCACCUGGACAACAUGGCAGCUUCACUGACCCAUAGCAGACUCCAGUGCCUUUAAUUUCGCCCCGGCCAGAGCAGAUGGCCUGGGUGACUAUUGGGUCUCUGGUGGGCUACAGAUAGAGGCUAUCAGAGCAGACAUUUCAUUGCACAGGUGCUGCCACUGAGAAGACACCAGGCCUGAGGAAGCAUAAAGACCUGUCCUCAGACUGGACUAUUAAUUAUUUACUGGAUGUGACACCACAGACACACACACUGAGCAGGACACACAUGGUAGAUUACCUGCUAACGGCUUUUUAUUGUAUAGAACUGGUUAAUGAACAAGGAGAGUUACUGUAAGUAAAACGCUCUCUUAUGACUUUUUUUUUCUCAUAUUCGUGAUUUCUUUUGUCAAAUGAUAUUUUCUGAAUGCUGUGACCUGUUUGAGAUUUGUAUUUGGAUGUUUUCAAGUGCCAUUUGACAGUCUAGUGAGUCGUGGCCAUCUGUAGCACGCUCUAAUGCAAGCACAAGCAUUUGGCAGUGGCAUUUGGGGAAGGUUUUUAUUUUUGAUUCACCCUAGACAAAAAUAUGUAUAUAUCAAAAACUGAAAAGGUAUAUUUAUUUGUGUCCUAAUUAUUUGAUUUGUUCUUUUGGUGAACAUUUUAUCAGAUAUGUUGGCUAAAGUGCUUUUGUGAUUUAUUUUUCCUCUUUUCGGGAUAAUGUAUAGUAUCUGAUAUAAUAUAUACACACAAAUUUCAUGUGACUUUCUUUUUGUGUGCCGUUAAGUUUUCUUCCUAUCUUCUCAAAUUGGCAAGCAAACCAAUGCGUGUAGGGUGAUUUGUAUUGUGUAUUUUACAUAAAAAACGAGGACAAUUGGGGGACUUUUAUAUUUAUAAAGACAUUAUCAUUUAGUGUGUCGUAUUGAUGAAUAUAGAAACUAUUAAAGACACAUGUAGUUUGGUUUUCUGAAUAUUUCAGAUCUCAGCUCAGGCUAGCUUCUUAGUGUUGUUUUCUUAAAAUUUGUGACAUGUCUUUGCAGUAAUAAACGUUCUCUUG